AUGAACAACGGUGGCACUCAAUAUGAAUGGGCCAAAACCAUUCCGUGCAGAAACAUAAAAAUACACGGCUUUUGCAAAUGGGAGAAAAAAGGCUGUUCGUUCAACCACGACGAUCCCUCCAAGAAAAACGGAAGCGAGGUCAAAUCUACUCCGCAGGCCCCGAAACCAAUAUCAGAGCCUAUGUCAGCAUCCACCACACUAUCCUCAGACAGUUUGUCGGGAAGCAAGGGCGGCACCGCGCCGUUCAAGCCAAGUAUCCUUGGUUCGUCACCUCUGGCAGUGCAAUCUGAUACUGCGGAUUCCGGGGCUCGCAAGAAGUUCAACAUUGAUACUCCUUCGUUCACACCCACGGGUUCGCUGGUGAACAAGUUCGCCGACCUUUCUUCCAAGCUGGACGACAUACCCAGCUUUUCUCCAUCGGCCAAUGUCGUCGCCCCGGCUUCGGCUGGUGUUCCAUUCGACCCGCAGUCUGCCCCAAUUUUCACACCCGGGAUGCCAAUUGGGGAUCCAGCCCACUCAACUCCCGAGCAAGAACCAUUUUACCAGCAAACAAAUCCGUUUCCGAUCAACUACCAUCUAUACGCUGGUCAGCCACCUCCCCACAUUCAGCACCAUCUCAAGCCCCACGAAAGAACCGUUGCCGAUCUCUUUAUUCCGAACGACUUGAGGGAAGAGAUACAAAAAAAGAACGAGGAGUCGCUAAGAACCAUUUCUGCUACGCAGUCUGGCCUUCCGAUUCACAUUAAUCAGUACCACAGUCUGUGUCCCAUAGACCAGAAAUUCGAAACCAGCGCGAAGUCGUUCGGAUACAUGUCCUCGGUUUAUAAAGUCAUGUCCAAUCUCGACGGCAAACUGUACACUAUGAGACGAUUGGAGAACGUACCUAUUUCCUCGGAAUCGUGCUUCCGUUCUGUGAACAAAUGGCGAUCUUUGAAUUGCGCCAACGUGGUGAAAUUGUACGAAGUGAUGACCACGCGGGCAUUUGGCGACAACUCUUUGAUACUCAUAUACGACUACUAUCCGAUGUCGCGAAAUUUGUUGGAGGCUCACUUUUUCAAAAUAGGAGACAAGGAUCCCGAACUGAUAACAGAGCCAUUACUAUGGAACUACCUGGUGCAACUCACAAACGCGGUGAGCGAAAUCCAUAAAGCAGGCCUUGCUGUGAGGGUUUUCGAUCCAACAAAAAUCAUAGUGACAAACAAGGGCCGCAUAAGGCUGUCUGCUUGCGGGGCCUAUGAUAUAUUAGAAGCAGCAUCAAAAGAAGGCUCAACAGAAAGUAUUGAAGAACUCCAAGCGCGUGAUAUACAGGGAAUGGGUAUACUGCUUUACGAUUUGGCAAAGUCUCUUGUUUUCGCAAAAGUGCAGAACCUCAGUAUGGAAGAAGGUAUUCCUAAGUUGACGGUCUCUGACAAAUUGAAGGAUGUUCUCAAGAAACUCACUGCAAACGAGGUCUCGCUUGGCCAACUACAACAGCUGAUUGCUCCAGAAAUACUCUCUGUUAUGAACGGUGUGCAAGAUUCUGCGGAUUACAUGGAGGCGUGUCUAUCGCGUGAAGUUGAAAAUGCUCGUCUCGUUCGUCUUUUCGCAAAAUUAGAUUUUAUUUGCGACCGUCCAGAGUUUGUUAAAGACGGGUCGUGGUCUGAGACUGGCGAGCGCUACCCAAUCAAGCUCUUCCGCGACUACGUGUUCCAUCAGGUGGACGAAAACGGGAAGCCUGUGCUAGAUCUGACCCAUGCAAUCAAUUGCCUCAAUAAGCUCGAUGCCGGGAGCAAAGAGACUAUUCUGCUGGUGUCACCAGACGAAAUGAGUUGUCUCAUUGUGAGCUACGAGACACUGAAGGAACUGGUCGAAAAAAGUUUUCGUCAGCUACGCUCCUAA